AUUUAUUGAGUAUAAAUAACUUAAUAAUGUUAACAUCAACAUUAACAAUGCCUUCCACAUCAAUAAACACUUCAAGAAUACCAAGUCCUAUCAGUGAUACAUUUGAUGAUAAUCCUAGUAGAUUAACUACAUAUUUGCAUCAGCUUGCGGGAUGUUAUGAAACUGAAAUUAAUGUGCUUACAAAAGAUCAUUGUUAUGCUCGUCCCUGGAAUUGGAAACCAGAGAAUGUUUAUGUGAAGCCGAUAAAAAAGUUGUUUUUUCCAAAGAAAAGUUUAUUAACGGGAAAAGUUACUCAGGAUGAAGAAAUUAAUAUAGAGGAAGAUACUGAUGAAUCAUUAAUACUACCAAUAGAUUUUACUAGAGCUCGACAUCAGAUGGAUGAAUUACAAAGGUUAGCAAAUUUUGCUAGACCUGAUGAAAAUGAAGAUUGGGAAGAAAAGCUUGAUAAAAUUUUAUGGUCACCUGUUCAGAAUCGAAUAUUUACUAAAAUUCUUAAAAUAUUGAACUCAGAAAGACUCGCAAGAUUAGCUAAAGUAAAUUGUUCAAUAGAACCAAUUUAUCGGAGGACAUCAGUUGAUACAGCUGCAAGAAGAUUUCGAGAAACAUUGGCAUCAGCUGGUUGGGAUUGGAGACUUGCACAAUGGUUACAUAAUUUAUUGUUUGAUCACCUUCCCCAAGAGUAUCUUGGAAUUUACCUUGAUAUAUUACAAACUUUAAGACUGAAAAUUCCUCAACUUAUUGAUAAAAUGAUUGCUGUACAACCAAAUAUUAAUGCAAAAACUGGUUCUAUAACUUGGGAAACCCUUGGAUCACUUCUUAAACGAACAUGGGAUCCAAUUACUCCAAGUUUAAAUAGCAAUAGACUUAAAAAAUUACCUGGAAAUCCGAUUUUAAUAAUUGUCCCUUCUGGAAUGGGAUCUAAUAUAUCUAUUCGACAACAUAAGUGGAUUUCUCAAUUAGGAGCUUUAGGAAUGGUUGUUACUGUUCACACACAUUUAGGUUUAGCAGCCAAUAGAAUGACUAUGAUGGUGUGUAUUGAUCAAUUAGUUCAAGCUACUAGAACUAAAAUACAAGACAUUAGAAGUGAUUGUCCUGGUAGACCUAUUAUUCUUGUUGGUUUUAAUACUGGUGCUGCUCUUGCAUGUCAGGUAGCACAGAUGGAACAUGUAACUGCAGUUAUUUGUCUUGGCUUUCCAUUUUUUACAGUUGAAGGGAAAAGAGGUACACCUGAUGAUACGUUAAUGGAUAUUCGAUGUCCAGUUAUGUUUGUCAUAGGACAAAAUGCUACACUUGUAAGACCUGAUGAUUUAGAAGAUCUUAGAGAAAAAAUGAUGGUUGAGUCAAGUUUAGUAGUAGUUGGAACUGCUGAUGACCAUUUAAGAAUAUCUACUGCAAAGAAAAUAUCUGAGGGUAUUACACAAAAUAUGGUAGAUAGAUGUAUUUUAGACGAAAUCGGUGAUUUUGUGGGUACUAUCCUUUUGCAACCACAUCCACUACCAUUACGAUCGACAUUAUUGUCAAACUAUGAAAAUAAGAACAAUAGAAAAGAAUCACGAAAGCGAAGAAACUCAACAAGUAGUUCCGUCGAAAGUGAACCAAAUUCCCCUACUGUAAAAAAGUCUCGACCAAAUACACCAAUUUCUUCAGUAGUAUCUAUUGGACAAAAUACACAAUCAGCCACGAUUUCUCGAGUAGGAACAUUUAGUACACAACAGAAUUUAAUUGCAGUAGGUGGAAUACAUACAAAUCAUACACAGGCUAUAAAAAGGAAACCACGAGUUGUUGGUAGUCAGAAAAAUCAUUUUGUAGAGCACUUAAUAACGUCCAGACUUUCCGGACAAUCAAAUUCGAAUUCAGAUAAUGGCGGUAUAACGUUAAACAUUGGCUCGUUAGCAAGUUUAGCACCAAUUGGUCCAAUACGUUUAGCUCCAGUAUCAUCAGGUCAAGCUGUAUCUACAACAAUUAAAAAUAUUCCUAAAUCUUCAAUUGCGUCAACUAAAGUGCCUAAAAUAGUUCCGACGAAUGUACAGUUACAGAAUAUGUCAAAAAUGAAAGCUAUUGUAUCAUCAAGUAAAGGUUUUUCUAAAGUAAUAUCAAACAACUAUAGGCAUCUCAAUAUUCCUGACAAAAAUGGAGACACGAAGUUAGUUAAUGUUUUAACAACAUCAGGAAAUCAGAUUAGAGUUAAUACUUCAACUGCAGCAGCAAUACAUAAUAAACCUACACUUGGUACAUCAAAUGGAACUUUAUCAAAUAUUUUACAAAAUGGCAAAACUUCUCUUACACUUGCUACUAGCUCAUCAGCUGCUUGUGUAUCAGCUGCUUCCAGUAUUUUACUAACACCAAACAAUUCUGUGGCAACUAAUAUAGCAUCAACUACAUCUACAAUAGCAAAAGUGAUGGACGACAUGGCGACAACCAAUAGCUCUUCGCAUAUGAUGCUCAGUUCUACACAUUCCUUGGACACAUUCAAGAUGUCACAAUUACCCAGACAAGUAACAACUUGUAAUAAUGAUAGCUGUCAUAAUACAUCAUGUGGGAAUAUAAUUAUGGUUGAAAGUUCUCCUAAUGCUAAAUCUACUUGCUCAUCAGUAAUAGUACCAUUAAGCAGUCAUAACUCAGGAUCUAUUUUACCAUUGUCUAACAAACUGAAAGUUACUCAAAAAUCGACUAAAACAAUGCCAAAGAUUACAGUUAACACAUCUAAUUUACAAAGAAUUCAUAAACCUCAAACAGUACAGAAGAAUUCUCUUGUAAAUGAGAUUGAUGAUGAAUUAGGGAAUAUAUUAGACAUACCAAUAAUUUUUGCCAAAGAUGAUGAUAACUUAAAUUCUAUUGAGAAAAAUUCAUCUUUAUCUCAUCAAACUAUGCCUGUAGAUAUUCAUGAAAAAAGUACAGCUAAAUUAAACAGUAAUACCAAAGUUGUUCUCAUAAGUAACAAACAGGAUAAAUUACAACAAGCAACUAAUAAAUUUGUGACACCUACUACCCAAGCUAUCAUAUGUCCUAAUGUAUCUGUACAAAAUUUAAGUCAUGUAAUAUUGCAAACAAAAUCUCAGAAUCCUACUUUGUCCAAAACUAAAACAAUUCCAAUACAAACUCGUCCAAAUCAACCAACUGUAAAAUAUACUAAAAUAAUUCUUGCAAAAAGAAAUUCUCAAUCAAUUCAUCAAAAUGAUAAGAAUGAACAAGUCAUUGUAACAAAGACAGUUGAUAAAGUUAAUACAUCAAAAUUGCUAAAUCUUGAUAAAAGCGAGCAUCGAUAUGCACAAAUCAUGACAAAUCAAGCAAUAAAAAAUGAAGAUAAUAUAAUAGACGAGACAUUAGAAAUUGAAGACGCUAUAAAAAUGAAUAUUAUAGAACGUAAACAUAUUUCUCUACAAAGAGUUGAUGUACCAUCACAAACAAAUGACAGUGUAAAAGAAAGUAUGAUUGAAAUGAAAUUAAAUGUAACUAAACAAAAUAAUUCCGAAUGUACUAAAAUUAAUGAUGUAAUAAAUUUGCAAAUAUAA